AUGGCACAAUUACCAUCAUUACCAAAGAGACUACUACAAAUUGCCUGUGCCAUAACAUGGUGUUUACUUGCAGCAGGUCCAGUAUUUGGGUUCGCUGCUAUAAAGCCAAUUUUUAUUUCCCAGCACAUUUAUGAAAGUAAAUGUAAUCUUUCAACAAGUUCAUCUACAUCCGACGAAGUGCGUUGUGUUGACCAAGAGUUGUCAUUGAAUUUAUUAUUCACUGUUGCAUGUAUGGUGACCAAUAUUUCAGCAUUGCCAGUGGGAUCUAUUUUAGAUUCAUAUGGUCCAAAAUUAACUGGUAUAAUUGGAGCUGUAAUAUUGGCCAUGGGUGCAUUAAGUAUGAAAUUUGCUGAAUCAAUUGACUUAUUUGAUGGUUACUUGGCCGGGUAUACUUUAUUAGCACUUGCUGGUCCAUUUGUCUUUAUUUCAUGUUUUCAAUUAGCAAAUUCUUUCCCAAAGAAUUCUGGGUUAAUUUUAGCAUUGUUAACGGGAGCUUUUGAUUCCUCAUCGGCAUUAUUCUUAUGUUACAGAUUAUAUUAUACCCAUGUUAAACAUCUUUCAAUCAGUAAGUUUUUCUCCAUCUAUUUGGUGGUACCGUUGUUCAUUUUUAUCUGUCAAGUAUUCAUCAUGCCAAAGGAUUCAUAUAAAACUGUUGGUACACUUGCUAAAAUUGCUGAAACUGGUAUUGAUGAAACAGGAAAACCAUUGAACCAAGAUUUAUUAACUCCAGCUGAUCGGGAAUCUGCAAUAGUGUCAUCUACUACUGACCCUAUCGAAUGUUACCAACCCACAAUUUCUGAAACUACUUCGUUGUUGAUGAGAAGAGCAUCGGCACCUACAAGUAGAAGAGAAUCCACUGCUCUGAGAGCAUCUUAUCUGUCCAUCAAAUCACACUAUGAACAAGAAGCAGAUGCUAAAUUGAUCAAUCGCUCUGGUGGUGUAUUUGGUGUAUUACACGGAGCAACUAUUAGUCAACAAUUGAACUCAUGGUGGUUUUGGGGAAUGUGUUUAUUCACCACUAUUCAAAUGUUACGUAUCAAUUACUUUGUGGCUACAGUAAAGAGUCAGAUGGUUUAUUUAUAUAAUGGAGAUGAAGAAUUAGCUACUUCAAUUAAUCAUUUCUUUGAUUUGGCUCUUCCAUUGGGUGGUUUAUGUGCCAUCCCAUUUAUUGGACUUGUUUUGGAUAAUUUGACAACAUUGCUGGUGUUAAACAUCUUGCUUGGAUUAUCUUUGUUCAUUGGAGUCGCUGGUUUAGUCAGCUGGUUACCUGCUACUUAUGCUGGUAUAUUGGUACUUGUUGUCUAUAGACCAUUUUACUAUACCGCGGUUAGUGAUUUUUGUGCUAAAGUGUUUGGAUAUGACAAUUUUGGUACUGUUUAUGGAACAAUUAUUGCAUUCUCUGGUGUUUGCAAUAUCUUGCAACAAGUGAUGGAUAAAGCAACUCAUGAAUAUUUCAACAUGAACCCAGGUCCAGUCAAUACGAUCUUGGUUGUUCUCACUCUUGUCUUUGGUGCUGCAUUAAUUGGAUUUGUGAAAUCACAAGAAACUCAUAUCAAAAGAAAGAAUUUAGAGAUGGAGGCUCAAGAUGCCUCAUAUAGACCAAUGCCUGUUUAG